UAUCUUUUGAUAGUAAGAAACAGAUACCUAAAGAUGCUUCGACUAAACAUGAAAAAGACACAUCAGAUAUGGUGCAAAAUUGGUCAUUACAAGAUCAUUAUAGAAUGUACUCACCAAUAAUAUACCAAGCCCUCUGUGAGCAUGUACAGACUCAGAUGUCACUGAUGAAUAACUUGGCUUCAAAGAAAAGCCCUAAUGGGAUUCCUGCUGUAUCUUGCCAUACUCCAUCUGGUUCUGAAUCUCAGGCAGCAGCACUUUCUAGUUGUGCCUUUGGUAGCUCCACUCCAGCCUGUUCACCUCAGCGGCCACCUUGCCUUCCAUUGGUUCAUUCUGAAGUUCAAACGGAUGAUAACAAAUUUGCACCACAAGAUAAAACAACUUCUGUGAACUUCCUCGAUAUUCCAAGAAAUUCAUUUAAUAACCAUCCUGGAGCUCAAUGUAGCUUGCCCCCAAAUGAAAAAGCAGAUAUUCCAACAUUGCAGCAGCUGAAUCUUACUAAUUGGAUUGUGCCACAACAAACAAUUUCUGAAGAAGCAGACCUAGUAAAGUGUUUUCAGACACAUAUGUCUCUGUUUCCAUCUUGCGGAAAAGAAACUGUCCCGGACAUUCAGACAUGUGGAAGCCUCACUCAGUCACAGCCAGCUUUCUUGGCCACCAGUGAAGAAAGAUGUGCCAGAGAACAAAUUGGAGAGACCACAAAUGAAGGAAAGUGUUUAAAUGUACAUGUACAAGAUGCAAAAAUAGUCAAAGAUGUACAGAAGCCAAAAAACGUGAACCAGACUGCUGAAAAAGUUAGAACUAUAAACUACUUGUUGGGAGAGCUCAAGGCCCUGGUAUCAGAACAAG